GCUUGUUUUAUUAUCGUUGCUCGACGAUUUCGUAAAGAAAUUCACGCUCGAAAGCUGUGACAGAGGAACGCAAAUUGCUAACUCCGUUUCGUUUUCUCACUCCACACACACACAGGGUCAGUUUCAGAGUUGUUUCGAAUUUAUUCCGAGAGUUUUUAGCUACUAAUAUUAGUGUGGACGACUAUUUUCUGAAGAUUGUUAUCUUUGGCUUAAAAAAAAUUGUGCGGGAGUGCGAAUUUCUUUGACUUGGAGAGGCUGGAGGUUGAAUGUGAAAUACUUGUCUGAGGACUGCAGUGGGUUUUUUGGUGUGUUGCUGUUGUGUGAUGGGAGUGAGUGGACUGCUGCCUCCGAUGGUGUUGUGUCACGCCAGCCCGCCGCUCGUUGCAUUGCACUUGGACAGCACUAACGAUGAUGGCUUUGGUGCGCAGAUCCUAUAAUGACAAACACAUUGGCGGUGGAUGUGGAAGCCAUCGGUUGCCUGCGUCAGGGGUUUAAGGAAUUUCGAACAAGAUACAGGAUUUUUUUUUUUUGCUGGCAAUACUAUACUGUCCCUGGAUCGAGGGUGGAGGAGGGAGAGAUUUUUUGGAUUGUCCGGGAGGCUUGCCAUGCGGAUGAAUUGCGUAAACAGGAAGGAAAGGAGAACGGUGCCAGGACUGUUGGAGUGUCCGUGAAGUGAGCUGCACUGAGUUGUGAGCUGUGCUGGAGUUUCGGCGGGCGCUAAAGUAACCGAGUAAUUUUCCACAAACAUGGCCACAUUCUGGAAGACAUUGCUGAUUGUGGAUUGCUUCUUCCUGGGAGUCCUCAAAGGGCCCCACCUGGCUCUGUGCCAGAUGUUACCAGAUGUUUACCCCAACGAAGUCGAAAUAAGGGUCGCCCUCCAUUCAACUUUCACCCUGACGUGCUCAGGGGAGAAUGAGGUGGACUGGGAUUUGCCGUUUUAUGAUAUUAAGGAGAACAUCAACAAAAAAAAUAAAAACAACAAUAGCGGGAACUUUAUACAAACACUCGAGGUUACCAAAGCAUCAGGGAUCCUCACUGGAAAGUAUAUCUGCUACUACCCAGCACUUCAGCACGACGACAAUGAUGAGAUUGAAGGCCGGGGUAUUUAUGUGUUCGUUCCAGAUCCCGACUAUCCUUUCAUCCCACAAUUGAAUUUUGAGAACGUAGUAAUAGUGGCAGAGGGUGAAGAGGCUAUGAUUCCGUGUCGAGUUUCUGAUCCGGACGUGCAUGUCACCUUGACUAAUAUCGAUACCAAGAACAUAAUCUCCGCUACCUAUGACAAUAAAGAGGGAUUCAAAGGCCCCUUCAAAGAGGGGAUGUAUGUCUGCAUCACAACAGUCAAUGGUGUGGAGCACAGAUCCGAGGAGUACAUUGUUAAUACAUUUAAAGUGGGUAAGGAUCUGAAAGUUGAAAUACAAGCCAUUAAAAGUAUAGUUAAAGUCGGAGAGAGCAUCCGUGUAACCUGUUCUGUAGUGGACAAUGAAGUGGUGACUAUCAACUGGAAUUAUCCAGGAGAAAAUGGGAAGGAAGAUCUCAAGGAAGAUAAACACCCACACAUAAAAAUAACGAAGACUCUGGAAAUUGAGAAUGCCACGCUGGAAGAUACUGGAAUCUAUGAAUGUUCUGUGUCACAUGCAACUCAAGACACCUACAGUAAAAAGCAGGUUCACAUCCAAGUUAAUGAGAAGGGCUUCAUACAUUUGGUUCCCAGUUUUGGGGAAGAAGAGUUUGCAGACCUGCAUGAAGUCAAGCAAUUUGUGGUCAACAUUGAGGCCUACCCAGUACCCACUGUUCGGUGGCUAAAAAACAACGUUACUCUGCAUGAGGAUAACAAUGAAGUGAUGAUCAACACCAUUAAAGCCCAGGAAAACAGGUAUCAAAGUAAUUUAACCCUGAUUCGUGCAACGAAACAAGACAGUGGAGCCUACAGCAUCAUUGUUGAACAUGAAGAUAAUAGUACUAUCUUUACAUUCUUCUUGCAGGUGAAAGUGCCAGCAAAGAUCAUCAAUCUUUUUGACGAGCACCAUGGCUCUGCAAAUGGCCAGAUUGUUUCAUGUUCUGCAGAUGGGACACCCAGCCCAGAGGUCGAAUGGCUAAUCUGUACAGAUCUAAAAAAGUGUGCAAAUGACUCAAUGCUGUGGAAUGUUCUCCACAGUAAUUCGAGUGGUAUAAAUAUCGAGACCCAUCAGACAAAGACAAAUCUUGUAGAGAGCAAACUGACCUUUCUGAAAGUGGAUAACACAGUGGCUGUGAAAUGCAUUGCAAAGAACGAGCUUGCAGUUGUUGCACGUGAAGUCAAACUGGUGGCUCACAAUCCACACUCCGAAUUGACUGUGGCAGCUGCAGUAUUGGUGCUGCUGGUUAUCGUGAUCAUUUCUCUGAUAGUGCUAGUUGUAGUUUGGAAACAGAAACCAAGAUAUGAGAUAAGAUGGAGAGUCAUUGAAUCCAUAAGUCCAGAUGGCCAUGAAUAUAUUUAUGUUGACCCGAUGCAACUUCCCUAUGAUACUAGAUGGGAGUUUCCUCGGGAAGGACUUGUCCUUGGCCGCAUCCUUGGUUCUGGGGCAUUUGGAAAGGUUGUUGAAGGAACUGCAUACGGUUUGAGUCGCUCACAGCCUGUCACGAAAGUUGCAGUGAAAAUGCUGAAACCUACAGCUCGUUCCAGUGAGAAGCAGGCCUUGAUGUCAGAGCUGAAGAUAAUGACCCACCUCGGUCCACAUUUAAACAUUGUUAAUCUGCUUGGGGCUUGCACAAAAGCAGGUCCCAUUUACAUCAUUACAGAAUACUGUUUCUAUGGGGACCUGGUCAACUACCUGCAUAAAAAUAGGGACAGUUUUAUUAAUCGAUAUUCUGAAAAAGGAAAGAAAGAAAUGGAUAUUUUUGGUAUAAACCCUGCUGAUGAAAGCACACGAAGUUACGUGAUCUUGUCUUUUGAGAGCAAUGGGGACUACAUGGACAUGAAACAAGCAGGAAGCACCCAGUAUGUUCCAAUGUUGGAAAGGAAAGCCAGCUUCAAAUAUACUGACAUCCAGCAGCAUGUGUACGAUCAUCCACCUUCACAGAAAAAGAAGUCCUUAACAGAUACAGAUGAAACAUGGAAUCCUCUUUCAGAUGACAGCUCGGAGGGGCUUUCUUUCAUGGAUCUAAUCAGCUUCACCUUUCAAGUUGCACAAGGAAUGGAGUUUCUAGCUUCUAAAAAUUGUGUGCAUCGUGACCUGGCAGCACGCAACGUGCUUCUAGCGCAAGGAAAAGUUGUCAAGAUCUGUGACUUUGGUCUGGCACGAGACAUCAUGCAUGACUCCAACUAUGUUUCUAAAGGCAACACUUUCCUACCUGUGAAGUGGAUGGCUCCAGAGAGCAUAUUUGACAACCUGUACACUACGCUAAGCGAUGUUUGGUCUUACGGCAUUCUUCUGUGGGAAAUAUUCUCCUUGGGUGGCACGCCAUAUCCAGGAAUGAUGGUAGAUUCCAACUUUUACAAUAAGAUAAAGAGUGGCUACAGAAUGACGAAACCAGAACAUGCUUCUUCAGAUGUCUAUGACCUGAUGGUGAAAUGCUGGAACAGUGAACCGGAGAAAAGGCCUUCCUUUAGCUGCCUGGCUGAGAUUAUUGGGUGUUUGUUGCCAGAGGGCUACAAGAAGAGCUACAGACAGAUGAACGAUGACUUUCUGAAGAGCGACCAUCCGGCUGUUGCUCGCAUGCGGGUAGAAUCCACGGACCCUUACAUUGGAAUUAACUACAGCAAUGAGGAGAAGAAGAAAGACAGGGAGAGUGGUUUUGAUGAGCAACGGCUAAGUGCUGACAGUGGUUAUAUUAUCCCACUGCCUGAUAUUGACCCAAUCACAGACAGUGACCCCACUUCUUCAAGAAACCGCCACAGUUCCCAGACAUCUGAAGAAAGCGCAAUAGAGACCGGUUCCAGCAGCUCAACUUUUAUAAAGCGUGAGGAUGAGACCAUAGAAGACAUGGAAAUGAUUGAUGACAUGGCAAUUGAUCCCUCAGACUUGGUGGAAGAUAGCUUCCUGUAACCAGCUACAUUGUAGAAAAAUAAACAUACCCUAUCCAGCUAUGUCCUUCUCUAUAACCACUUACUGAAGCAUGCCCAAGGAGAGAACUUGAUGUACAUCUCAAAACGGGACCAAUUUGGAAAGAUAUCUUGGGACAACAUUGUGAUUCGUAUUGUAGAACAUAUCAUAUGUCUAUUUCAAUGCAUUAUUUUUCUAUUAUGGUACACUCUAUUGUUUUAUUGUGCGUACACACUGCCAUUCUUCUGGACUAAACAUAAGGCUAUACAAAGUUACUUGUGUGUUUCAAAGACUCUUUGCUACAUGUUAGAUGGUUCUUAUAUCUGGAUCACAUUCAUCAGAUGCUUCAUAUGCACAGAAUGAUAACCAUUACUAAGAAUGUAUGCUUUGUACGUAUUGUUGUAUCAUAUUUUUUCUGCAGCUGAAGAUUAACAAUGAUUAUCAUUCUCCAGGUGGAUACCAAUAAGUGAUUUACCAUUGUUUUCAGACACCGAUGCACACCUUCACUUAUUGUGUGUUCUUUUCAGUGCUUACUUCCUAAUGAUAAAAUACUUUUUUUCUUGCAAAGCACAAUUUUUGGGAGUAACUACACGUAAAGAAUGCACUUUGGAUCUUUGUAAGAUCCUAGACUUGAAUAUUUCAAAUGUUUGUGCAAAUUGAUGAAAACAUCACCAGUGUGACUACGACCUGCAUUGAAAAGCUAAACUAAGAGCUUGGAAUCCAUUGUUAUACCUCGGGUAGUAGAUUGAGCCAACACCUGAACUGACUUGUAAUCAUGCAAUCAUUAGGAAAUCAAAGGAUUUACUGAGCUUGGAAAACUGGUGCAGUUGAACAAGUUGUAAAUGACCUGGUAGGAUUGUGGUGAAGACAUGCCAAGAGUUAUGAAGAGGAAUUACUGAAGAAAAAUCACUUUAAAAGGAGCUAAAAGGAAAAGCAAACUGCUUCUUUCGAGCCAGUCUGAAGAAUGAAUCUGGUCAUGGAGAGCUUUGGUUAAAUAGUAGACAACUGACACCAAUACUUUAUGGGCCAAAUAGUACAACCACUUCUGCAAUUUUUAGGAGGAUGCCACAAAGCACAGUAUUCCAUUAUGUAAAUAUUGUAAAUUCAGUCUCACUAAUUCAGUCGAAACUGAACGUUAAUUCAUUAUGAGGCAUCGCAACUUGCUGAUUGAAGUGGUCAUGUGAUAUUAAAAUGAACUUGCCUAUGACCAAAAAGGAAAGAACCCUACAAAUGUUCUGGGAACUCAAGCUGGAGAAUUGAAAUAUAUUACAAAACUGAAAUCUUUACAGUUAAAGGAUCAACUUUGAACUGAACUCACCAUCUUCUUCUUCUUGCGUAUGGCUUGCACAGCCUACAGUUGUAGGACAACUUGUUCUAUUUGAUCUUAUUUGAUUGUGCACGCCAGGUUGAUUGCAUUCGUCGAAACAGGGCGGACCACGUGAAGGUUGCAAUCUUCCCACCCCAACUCACCAUGUAGUGACAGUUACUUUUGACUGGUUUACAUGCUAAAAACCAGUAAAAUGGAUAAUUUCAUGGCAAUAGCUAAUUUACGAAUUGCUGAUUGAUGUUGGUAAUUAGUCAAUAUGUUAUUUGCUGAACUUUACAAACAAUAGAAACCAGGUGUAACUGAGUCAUUGAAUAUCUUUAUGCACCAUAAGCAAAGACUAUUAUAAAUCAUCUGGAUUUUCUGAAUGUUCCCUGCAUGUAUGUAUACAAAUGUAUCAUUAAAUCUUUUCAGAGAUGGUCAUUAGUUCAAAAACCUGAACAAAAAUUGAUAACUCAAACUAACAGCUACAUAAACUUAGCUGCUUCUUAAACUGUCAAAUUAAAUUUAACCCAAGGGUUCAAGUAAAAACAGAAAAUGUUGGAAAUGCUCAGCAGGUCAGCACGGUGGCAGUGUUGUGGGUGGCACAGUUGCUCAGUGGUAGAGUUGCUGCCUUUCAAUGCUAGAGACCUGGGUUCAAUCCUGACUACGUGUGCUGCCUGUAUAGAACUUGUAUGUUCUCCCUGUGACCUUGUGGGUUUCCCCCUGGGCUCCGUUUUCCUCCCACACUCCAAAGAUGGACAGGUUUGUAGGUUAAUUGGCUUUGGUAAAGAUUGUAAAUUGUUCCUAGUGUGUAGAAUAGUUCUAUUGCAAAGGGAUCACUGUUAGGCACGGUCUUGGUGGACCGAAGGAUCUAUUAAUGCGCUGUAUCUCUAAACUAAACAAAAUUAAAGGUCUGGUUACAACUGAGAAAAUAAAAAUAAAGUAAACAUUUCAGGUCAAAGUCCUUUUAUUCAAACUAGUAAGGAGAGAAAAAAAUAGCUUGUUAUGAUGCAGGGUGAGUGGGAGGAAGGAAAUCCCUGAUAGGUAAAACUGUGUGACCAUGGGAAUAAGUUGUGAAGAAGGAUAUCUGGUCAAGCAACAACAGGGAGCAGUUAGAGAUAACAGCUUCCCCUGGACAAAAAGAAAAAAAAUGUGCGGUUGGAGGGGGGGUUGAAACAAACAAGCUGAGCCAAUUUUGCAGGUGGCCAAAUUAUACAGACAGAGAAGUCAAUUUUUACCUGAAGUUGCAGAUGUUAUUUAACUGUAAGGCGAGGCUGGUCUUCUUACAACUCCUACAAUCUUUUGAUAAUGUUCUCAAUCUCUAACUUCUCCCAUUCACUUACUGGUCAGAUAACUUUGUUCAUUCCCAUGAUUUCCUGUUUUGACCCUUCCAGAGACAUCCCCCAAUCCCACACCCACCCUGCAGCCUAACAAUCUUAUUUUCCCCUCUCUCUCGGUUUUGUUACAGGAUCUUCAGUCUGAAAUGUUUCUCUUCCUACAGAUGUGGCUUAACCUGUUGAGUAUUUCUGGUAUUUUCUGUUUUGAAAACAAAAAUCCUGCAUCUAGAGUUUUUGUUUAGAUUUUCUUUAACCAUCAGGUUUUCCCAAUGAAUGACUUUAUUUGGAUGUUGUUAUUCAGAUUGACUUGGAGACUAGUUUGUCUAGUCUGGACUAGAGAUGUUAUUUGGCUUAUUUCUGACUCAGUAAAACACCAGAUUUUGUACUUGUACUUUUGACUGAGCAAAGUGCAUUAAUGAGCCUUCUUGCUCCAAACUAUUAAGGCAUUAUCAGACUGCAAAAUAAUAUAUAUCCCAUGGCACAUUAUAGUUGCUGUAUUAAGAGUAGAAUUAGAAAAUAAUUAUGAAGAUAUACUGACCACAAACCACUUUUUUAAAUGCUUUGGUAAAUCUCCUAUCCUGACUUCUGUGAUACUACACACCAUUUCCUGCUCAGACCAAUAUUAGAAAUGAAAAAAAAAACACUCCUCCAUAUCCAACAAUGCAACAAGGGACCAAAUAUAUGAAGUGACUAUUGGAACACUGAUUAUUUUCUUUUUUAUAAUGUGCAAGAUUAAAUGUAAAGAAAAUAAGAAAUAAUUUUGCAGGUUAACAUAUUCAGUGUUUCCAUUCCAAGAGGAAUUUCAAAUGUUAAAUGAACAAGUUAAUGGGGCAGAUCAAGAUGAUGUAGCAUUGAGUAGGAAUCAUGACUUUAUCUUUGAAUGGCUUGAAUGUUACAAUGUGGUUGAAUUUUAUCCAAUUGUUCUACUAAGUUACCAUGCACAUUGGAUAUAUAUGAUGAUGUUAUACAUCAUUUCUGUAUAUAUAUACAUAUAUAUAUGUGUAUUUCAGUGUAGUCAUUUGAGUUACUGCCAUACAUUUAUGUCUAGCUGUAUCACUGCCUAUGUUUAUAUUUUUUGACUGUGAUGUUAUCCACAGGAACGUUACAUGUUGCACUUUUGAAUGUCUUAAGAAUUAUAUUUUAAAAUUUUAAAAAGCGAAAUGAUUUCAAAGGGAUUGAAUUGUUGAUGCUUGUCUGGACUGUAUGUAGGUUGAUGUCUCAAACAUUUUAUUAUGAUGAAAUUACACAGUUUUAAAUACUUUUUUAAAAAAUAAUUUUUUUAUGUUGCAUCAAAAACACAUUGUCUAAACUCAGCAUUUCUAUUUCAAUAAAUUCAGAUGAAUGUAA